UUAGAGAUAAUAAGUGGAAAAAUGAACAAUGGUUUUCAUCUUUCAGACAGCAGGGAAAGCCUGCUAACUUUUGCAUGGAAACUAUGGUGUAAAGAUGAAGGAAUGAAAGUAGUGGAUCAGCUCCUUGUUUCGUCGUGUGUGGUUGCCGAGGUGCUUAGAUGUAUUCAUAUCGGGUUAUUGUGCGUGCAAGCAGACCCAGCAGACAGACCAACCAUGUCAUCUGUGAUUGUCAUGUUAGCAAGCAAUGACAUGAUGCUUCCUCGUCCAGCUGAACCUGCAUCUUAUGUUAGACGUGCUGUCGCAGAACCAACCGAAUCCAGUUCAAAUGAUGGAAUGCUUUCAAUUAAUGAGGUCACAAUCUCAAAUUUUUUGCCCCGUUGAAUGAACCAUUGUCUUAUGGAAUCUAGCCUAUCAAAAG